AUGGGCGAAUCUCCGUCCGAUAGUAGACAGGGUAGAAGCCCUGCUAGCCAUAAAAGGUACAAGGAACAUGUUAGGACCAUUGGAGCUGAGUUCCGUGAUAUGAAUGAGCCCAUACGUAGGCUGAUAAUCCAUAAAGUAGUGUUAAACAACUUUAAGAGUUACGGAGGAGAGACUACAAUAGGCCCAUUCCACAAAAGGUUCACCUCAAUCGUUGGCCCGAACGGUUCGGGAAAGAGCAACGUCAUCGACGCAAUGCUCUUCGUCUUCGGCUUCAGGGCGAAGCAGAUCAGAUUUGAUAAGCUAUCCGAGCUGAUUCACAAUUCAAAGUACUACAUGGUGAAGAAUAACGGGAAGCCCCUGCAAUCAAUGAAGGUUGAAAUGGUGAUUUCCCGGGAGGUCUCGAGCGAUAAUACCUCUAAAUAUCGGUUAAACGGAACUGUGUGCACGCAGAAGCAGAUUUCAAACGCACUGAAGAGCUACGGGAUGGAUUUGUAUAACAACAGGUUUCUUAUAUUGCAGGGAGAAGUUGAGCAGAUUUCGCAAAUGAAACCGAAAGCAACUAAGCCUGACGAAGAAGGGCUGCUGGAGUACCUGGAGGACAUCAUUGGGACUAACCAGUACCUGGAGCAGAUAAACCAGGCGUUUGAAAAGUACGAGGAGCUGCAGGAGCAGUACCAACAGUUCUUUAACAGGACUAUGGUGACCCAAAAUGAAAUACAGGACAUGCUUCCAGGAAAGGAGGAGGCGGAUUCGUAUUUGUCCAAGGAAAAUCUGUUCCACAGAUAUAGUUAUCUGUUGGUAAAGAAUGAGUUGAAUGACUUAAAAGGAGAUAUGGAUAAGAUGGUUGAAGAGGUGGAGUCAAUCAAGGAAAAUUUGAAGACACAUAAUGAAGAAAUAGCAACAGUGCUGGAGCAGAAGAAUGAAAUUACUAAGAACUUGAAUAAAAUGGAGUCAGAAAUAAGAAAAUUGACAGGGAAGCAGAAAGAAUACGGAGAAGAAUUUAAAAAAUUAUGUAACAAAGAUGAAGAUUUGAGGAUGCAGCUGUUACAUGAGGUGAAAAAGGUAGAAGAGAAGACGAAGCUGAUAAGGAGUCUGACAACGAAGAUACCGGAACUUGAGAAUAAGUCGAAGGAGUUGGAGGAGACGAAAAGGUCGCUCGCGUCAGAAACGAGUGAGUUGAUGCAGAAGUUGCAAGUGUACGAGAAGGAGCUGGCGCCGGUGCAGGAGAAGUACGAUGCACUGAAGAAUGAGUUGGAGCUGAUUGAAACAAAUCUGCAGCUGAUAGAUAAGAGCGUGGAUGAGGAUAAGACGCGUAAAAUGUCCCUAGAAACUGACUUGAGUAGCACCAGAAUAACUCUGCAGUCGAAUACGGAAAACUUGAAAAGCCUGAGAGGGAAGAUAGAAGGCUGUGAGCAGAAGUCGAAGAGGAUACUAUCAGACCUGAUGGAGGUGGAAAAACAGAUAUCGGAGAAAAACACGAGUUUGAUCAACGCGAGAGUCACCUACGAGAGUGCGAAGAACGAAGUGGGCCAGAAUAAGUUCCACAGCAACAUACACGACUUCGUUAAGAGGCUGUCAAAGUCGGACGGGAAUAUACACGGGCAGUUCGGAGACCUGGUGAGAGUGGACGAGAUGUUCGAAAAGUGCUUUCUGGCAAUAUGCGGAGCGUAUUUGGAGGUGUUCGUGGUGGAGACGCCAGAAGUGGCGACGAAGAUAUUUAACCAGCUCAGGCAGAAUAACCUGGGAAAAGUAACCUGUAUAGCAGUGUCGAUCAUCACAAGCAGCACCAACAAGGACUCUGACGUGGGCAGGUACGGUUACCUGAGUAAGUAUGUGUACCCUAACACAAACGACGAAAAAGCUGAAAAGGUGAUUAAAUGCAUACACCACUACACGAGGGAUGUGAUAGUGGUGGAGAACAUAGACGAGGCUGACGAGAUGGCGAGAAGAACGAACAAGAGAGUGGUGACGCUCAACGGAGAAGUAAUUGAGAAGGAUGGGAGAAUAACAGGAGGAGGCCUGAGCAAGAACCUGAACAAGUUUAAACAGAGUAAACAAUACAACAAGGAGGACAUCAAUAGCAUAUAUAAUAAGAUGGAGGAGUAUGAGAGGGAGCUGAAGGAGCUGAAGAACCGCCAGUCCCGACUGAAUAUAGAAAAGGACCAGAAUGAGUUGCAGAUAAGAGAGUUGAACUUCUCACUAGACGCAACGAAGAGGAAGAUCAACUCAGAUGAGGAGUACCUGAAGGAGUUGGAGGCGUCGCUCGCGUCGCUCAACAAAAAUUUGCAAAACGAAGAUAACGCGUCGGAGCUGAGGCACCUGAAAAAUAAGUAUUAUGAAACCGAGAGGAGGAAGGGGGAGGUGUACAAGCAGCUCUCGGAGAGGAAGGAGAAGGUGGACAGGUGUCUAAAGCAGGUGGAAAACGUAGGAGGAGGAGCACUGGCAGCAUCGAAGGCCAAAGUAGCGCACUGCGAAGCAAAUUUGGCGCAGCUGAGGAAGGUGAUAGAGGACCUGAGGGACGAGUACGCAGUCCUGGCGGGAGAGUCCCAAAAAUACUCCAGGGACUUGACGAGGCUGGAAACUGACAUCCAGCAGCAUAAAAUCAGGGAAAAGAACCUGGAGAAUCAGUUGGACCAGCUGGAAGAGGAAGCGUCUAAGAUUAACCAGGAGCUCAUAGAAGUAAACAACCAACUCAAUGAAAUGAACGCGAAGCACUCGGAACUGAACGAAAACCUGCAGAAAAUGUCUGCGCAGAUAAAGGAGCACGACAUGUUGGUGUUGAACCUGAGGAAUAAGCAGAACGCCUCCGAAAAGUCGAUAUCAGCCUUGAAGAACCUGGUGAAACAGAAGACGGACAAGUUGCACGAGUCGAGGAAGCUAUACAACUCAUCAUCGAAGACGCUGCGUCAAAGUGGCGAAGCGAAUGAACUAUACAACCAGACAAUGAAGAUGGAUACGCUUUCGAUACAGCCGGCAAGCAUUCAGGAUUCGACAGAGAACUUGGAGCAAAGAAUGGACGAAGACGAUGACUCGGGUGAAGCGACGGGUAUUGGAGAAAACAAGGAAAACAAAGACGUUGAAAUGAGUGAGAUUGAUGGCCCCAACCUGGUUCACGGACACCUGGACGCCAAUGAUGCAAUGAGCACCGACGACUCACUAAGCAAGGAAAAGGCGGACGAUAUUGAUGAGUUCCCGGGGGACGUGCAUGGCCUGAACCACAAGAUACAGUCUCUGAAGAAUCAGCUGGCAAACGUACCAAACUUGUCGAUCAUUGACAGCUUUAUCGAGAAGGUGAACGAGUUCUCGAAGAAGAAGCAGAAGCUGCUGCAGUUGCAGAAUCAGCGGGACGAGGCGAAGCUGCUGCACGAGAACCUGUCGUUCAAGAGAAAGUCGGAGUUUCUGUUCAACUUUGAGAUUAUCGCAAACAAACUUAAGGAAAUAUACCAAAUGAUAACACUGGGAGGAGAUGCAGAGCUGGAGCUUGUUGACGCAACUGAGCCCUUUACGGAGGGUGUCCUGUUCUCAGUGAGGCCAGUGAAAAAGAGCUGGAAGCAGAUAUAUAACUUGUCAGGUGGAGAAAAGACGCUCAGUUCGCUCGCCCUCGUGUUCGCUCUGCAUCACUAUAAGCCUAAUCCCGUCUACUUCAUGGACGAAAUCGAUGCAGCCCUCGACUUCAGGAACGUCUCCAUCAUUGCCCAGAGCAUCAAGGAGCGGACCAAGGACGCCCAGUUCAUAAUCAUAUCGCUCAGAAACCAGAUGUUUGAGAUGUGUAAUAAAAUGGUCGGGAUUUACAAGACUUUUGACGUUACCAAGUCGAUUCCCAUUAACCCACUAAUGUAUCAGAAUAAAGAGGAAAACAUUAAAUCUUAA